GUCCUUUUCCGUUUCUGAUGCUUGGGUUCUCUGUGUUUUUUUUAGUAAUUGGUGAUGUCCGGUGGGAUUCUCUGUGUGUUGAUUCUUCUUUUCUAUAGUUUCUAGUUGGGUUGUGUACUUAUGUGUUCUCCAUAGGAGCUUCUGUAAAAAGGGUUGUUUGUAACUUAGUAUGAACCGUGUCUGAGGGUAUAAGCGUUGAAGCUGGGCUUUCUUGUUUUAACGGGAAAGAGCUAUUAUGGGGUUUGAGCCAUUGGAAUGGUACUGCAAGCCGGUGAAGCAUGGCAUAUGGACAAGAGCAGUGGAUAAUGUUUUUGGUGCAUACACGCCUUGUGCAACCGGCUCUUUGGUUGUCGGUAUCUCUCACUUGAUUCUGUUGGGUCUGUGCCUUUAUCGGAUAUGGCUCACAGCAAAGGAUCACAAGGUGGAGAGGUUCUGCUUGAGGUCAAAACUUUAUAGUUAUUUGCUGGGGUUGUUGGCUGCUUAUGGUGCUACUGAGCCUUUGUUCAGAUUGAUCAUGGGAAUCUCAGUGUUGGAUUUAGAUGGAUAUGGGGUUCCUCCAUACGAGACGUUCAUCUUGUUCCUCGAAGCUCUUACUUGGGGAUCUGUAUUUGUCAUGAUCGUUCUUGACACUAAGAUAUAUAUCCGUGAAUUCCGUUGGUAUGUCAGAUUCGGUCUCAUCUAUGCUCUCGUAGGGGACAUGGUCUUGCUAAAACUUGUUCUCUCUGUAAAGGAGUUCUGUGACAGUUCUGUACUCUAUCUUUACAUCAGCGAGGUUGCCAUUCAGGUUCUGUUUGGAAUCCUCUUGUUUGUGCAUCUUCCUGAUUUGGACCCUUAUCCUGGUUACACACCAUUACGGGUUGAAACUGUGGAUGAUUACGAGUAUGAAGAACUUCCUUCUGGAGAACAAAUAUGUCCUGAAACCCGCGCGAACUUAUUUGCCAGAAUCUUCUUCUCAUGGAUGAAUCCACUGAUGACUCUUGGAUAUAAAAGGCCUCUUACGGAGAAGGAUGUAUGGCAUCUGGAUACUUGGGAUCGUACCGAAACUCUAAUCAGGAGCUUCCAGAGAUCCUGGGGUAAGGAACUAGAAAAGCCGAAACCAUGGCUUCUGAGAGCAUUAAAUAGCAGUCUUGGAGGAAGGUUUUGGUGGGGAGGUUUUUGGAAGAUCGGAAAUGAUCUUUCCCAAUUUGUGGGGCCUCUUUUACUGAAUCAGCUCCUAAAGUCAAUGCAACAAGAUGAUCCAGCUUGGAAAGGCUACAUCUACGCUUUCUCAAUCUUUGUCGGAGUGGUGUUGGGUGUGCUAUGCGAAGCUCAAUAUUUUCAGAAUGUGAUGCGUGUUGGUUACCGGCUAAGAUCUACGCUGAUUGCUGCUGUAUUUCGCAAAUCGCUGAGGCUAACUAACGAGGGCCGUAGGAAAUUUCAAACCGGAAAAAUAACUAACCUAAUGACAACUGAUGCUGAAUCCCUUCAGCAAAUUUGCCAAUCACUGCAUACGAUAUGGUCGGCUCCAUUUCGUAUAAUCAUAUCGCUGGUCCUCCUCUAUCAGCAACUGGGUUUCGCCGCUCUCAUUGGUGCACUGAUGCUGGUGCUUAUGUUCCCUUUACAGACUGUUAUUAUAAGCAAAAUGCAGAAGUUGACGAAGGAGGGCUUGCAGCGUACUGACAAGAGAAUCGGUCUUAUGAAUGAGAUUCUAGCAGCGAUGGAUACAGUAAAGUGUUAUGCUUGGGAAAACAGUUUCCAGUCCAAAGUUCAAACUGUACGGGAUGACGAGUUAUCUUGGUUCCGCAAAGCACAACUGCUUGGAGCGAUGAAUAUGUUCAUAUUAAACAGCAUUCCUGUCCUUGUGACUAUUGUUUCGUUCGGUGUGUUCUCGUUGCUUGGAGGAGAUCUGACACCUGCUAGAGCAUUUACAGCGCUUUCUCUUUUCGCCGUGCUUCGUUACCCCUUAUUCAUGCUUCCCAACAUUAUAACUCAGGUGGUGAAUGCUAAGGUAUCAUUAAACCGUUUGGAAGAGGUGUUGUCGACAGAGGAGAGGGUUCUUUUACCCAAUCCUCCAAUUGAACUGGGAGAACCAGCCAUCUCGAUAAGGAACGGAUAUUUCUCUUGGGAUUCAAAGGCAGAUAAGCCGACACUGUCAAAUAUCAACUUGGAUAUACCUGUUGGUAGCUUAGUUGCGGUGGUUGGCAGUACAGGAGAAGGAAAAACUUCCUUGAUAUCUGCCAUGCUCGGUGAACUUCCUGCAGUAUCUGAUGCGGUAGUAACUCUUAGAGGAUCCGUUGCUUAUGUCCCUCAAGUUUCGUGGAUCUUUAACGCAACUGUACGCGACAAUAUAUUAUUCGGCUCUCGUUUUGACCACGAGAAGUAUGAUAGGGUGAUCGAUGUGACAGCCCUGCAGCAUGACCUUGAGUUACUGCCUGGUGGUGAUCUCACAGAGAUUGGAGAAAGGGGUGUAAACAUUAGCGGAGGACAAAAGCAGAGGGUUUCUAUGGCUAGAGCAGUCUAUUCAGAUUCAGAUGUGUACAUCUUCGAUGACCCUUUAAGUGCUCUCGAUGCUCAUGUCGGUCAGCAGGUUUUCGAGAAAUGCAUAAAAAGGGAACUGGGGCAGAAGACGAGAGUUCUCGUUACAAACCAACUCCACUUUCUCUCACAAGUCGAUCGGAUUUUACUUGUCCAUGAUGGCACAGUGAAAGAAGAGGGAACAUACGAAGAGCUAUCGAGAAGCGGCCCUCUGUUUCAACGGUUGAUGGAAAACGCGGGGAAAGUCGAAGAAUAUGCCGAAGAAAAUAGAGAAUCUGAGACAGAUCAAACUUCUUCAAGACCCAUUGUGAAUGGAACAACAAAUGAUCUACAGAAGGAUGGAAAAGAUUCAAAGAAACCUAAAGAAGGAAACUCUGUGCUCAUCAAACAAGAAGAACGGGAAACUGGAGUUGUGAGUUGGAAAGUUCUGAAGAGGUACCGGGAUGCACUAGGAGGUUCAUGGGUAGUGAUGGUACUGUUUUCAUGCUAUGUCAUGACAGAAGUAUUUCGGGUUUCAAGCAGCACAUGGUUGAGUGAGUGGACUGAUUCAUCAUCCCCAAAGAGCCAUGGACCUGGUUUCUACAAUCUCGUUUACGCUCUUCUUUCGUUUGGACAGGUUUUGGUGACAUUAACCAACUCAUACUGGCUGAUCACUUCCAGUCUAUAUGCAGCCAAAAGGCUGCAUGAUGCUAUGCUUGGUUCUAUACUGAGAGCUCCAAUGGUGUUCUUCCACACCAAUCCUCUUGGACGGAUUAUCAAUCGUUUUGCGAAAGAUCUCGGAGAUAUUGACAGGAACGUCGCUGUAUUCGUAAACAUGUUCAUGGGUCAAGUCUCGCAGCUUCUUUCAACUGUUGUCUUGAUUGGAAUUGUGAGCACUUUGUCCUUGUGGGCGAUCAUGCCUCUCUUGGUCUUGUUUUAUGGAGCUUACCUCUAUUACCAGAGUACGGCUCGUGAGGUGAAGCGGUUGGAUUCCGUUUCGAGAUCGCCCGUUUAUGCGCAGUUCGGAGAAGCACUGAACGGCCUAUCGACAAUCCGUGCUUACAAGGCGUAUGAUCGGAUGGCUGAGAUCAACGGAAGGGCGAUGGAUAACAGUAUCAGAUUCACUCUCGUGAACAUGAGCGCGAACCGAUGGCUUGCGAUCCGUCUGGAAACUUUGGGCGGUCUCAUGAUCUGGCUAACAGCCUCGUUCGCCGUUAUGCAGAACGGAAGGGCGGAGAACCAACAAGCGUUUGCAUCUACGAUGGGUUUGCUUCUCAGUUAUGCUCUGAACAUCACUAGCUUGUUAACGAGCGUUCUGAGACUCGCGAGUUUGGCCGAGAACAGUUUGAAUGCGGUUGAGCGUGUUGGGAAUUACAUCGAGUUACCAUCGGAGGCUCCACCCGUCAUUGAAAACAACCGUCCUCCUCCCGGAUGGCCGUCUUCCGGAUCCAUAAAGUUUGAUGACGUUGUUCUACGUUACCGCCCUCAGUUGCCUCCCGUUCUUCAUGGGGUUUCCUUCUUUAUUCCACCUACGGAUAAGGUUGGAAUCGUUGGAAGGACUGGGGCCGGGAAAUCGAGUCUACUGAACGCGUUGUUCCGAAUUGUGGAGCUGGAAAAAGGAAGGAUCUUGAUCGAUGAAUGCGAUAUCGCCAAGUUCGGACUCAUGGAUCUGCGUAAAGUACUCGGAAUCAUUCCACAAUCGCCGGUUCUUUUCUCAGGAUCUGUGAGAUUUAACCUCGACCCGUUUAACGAACACAACGAUGCUGAUCUCUGGGAAGCUCUGGAGAGGGCUCACCUGAAGGAUACUAUCCGCAGGAAUCCUCUCGGUCUCGAUGCCGAGGUGUCGGAGGCGGGAGAGAAUUUCAGCGUCGGGCAGAGGCAGUUAUUGAGUCUUUCGCGUGCGCUAUUGCGGCGAUCUAAGAUACUUGUACUCGACGAAGCGACUGCAGCCGUCGAUGUUAGAACCGACGCUCUCAUUCAGAAGACAAUCCGAGAAGAAUUCAAGUCAUGCACGAUGCUAAUCAUCGCUCACCGCCUUAAUACCAUCAUCGACUGCGACAAAAUCCUUGUCCUCGACUCUGGCAGAGUUCAAGAAUUCAGUUCGCCCGAAGAACUUCUCUCGAGAGAAGACAGCGCUUUCUCGAAGAUGGUUCAGAGUACAGGAGCCGCAAAUGCAGAGUACUUGCGUGGUUUGGUGCUCGAAAACAGGCGACCCCGAGGGGACGAUGACGACGGCCCGAGACAGAUGGAGGGACAGAGGAGAUGGAUGGCGUCUUCUCGCUGGGCUGCGGCCGCUCAGUUUGCGUUGGCUGUGAGCCUGACUUCGUCGCAUAACGAUCUUCAACGACUGGAGAUUGAAGACGAGAGCAGUAUCCUGAAGAGAACGAAGGAUGCCGUUGUAACUCUACGCAGCGUUUUGGAAGGGAAACACGACAGAGAGAUCGAGGAAUCGCUCGUUGAACGCGAAAUCUUGAGGGAGGGCUGGUGGUCGUCCCUCUACAAAAUGGUCGAAGGGCUGGCGGUGAUGAGCAGACUGGGGAGGAACAGAAUGCAGCACCCUGAUUACAACUUCGGUGCCAAAUCUUUUGAUUGGGAUAAUGUCGAAAUGUAGACCAAAGUUAGGUCUCCGCCUCUGUUAACCUCGAGACCCAUUUUGAUGGCGAGACUGAAUUCUGAUUUCCUUGUGAUCCACGGAAGAUGGAAAUGUCAUUUGAUUGUUUUGCUUGUUUAACACGUAACCAGAGAGAGAGUGAUGUACGAGGUAAUUCAGAAAAUGGAUUCAAUUGCUCGAGGUAUUUAAUUGCAGAAAACAUAAUGCAUGAAUGUAUGCAUGGCCUCCA